AUGCAGUUCGGUGGUGGAGAAGGGUUCAACGACACCGUCAAAAUCGACGUGCCUGAAGGCUUCGUGCUGGAAUCAUUCCAUUUCAAUAUAGAGGUCACCACCAAGCGCGAGAGCAUGACCUUCGUUCUUAUAUUCAUCCAGUACCACAGCGGCAAUUGGUCGGAAAGCGCACACCCGAAAAGCACUGCAUUGGCAGCGCUCGAGAAAUUGACUAGUCCAGAAGCCGGUAGCUGA